AUGAAGAAAGUAUCUUAUGAAGAGUUGAUGGAUUUGUACAAAGACUUUAAUUAUGUAUACGAUUCAUUGUAUAAGCUGAAGACUUUCAGUGAAGAAGGAAUUAACAAAAUUUAUCUUGAUAUCAAAAAUUUAAUGUUUGAAACCAAACGUGCAUCUCCAAAUCAAAUUCUAACAAUAAUUUCUACUGCAAUGGCUUUUAAUAUCAAGUACAUAAAGCAAUACAUGGAAAUUUUCAAAAGGAUUUAUCAAGAAUAUCAUCCAAUCUUUACCAGAAAAGAAAUUCAAAUCAUUCCAUACAUUUUUUGGGCUGGUUUACAAGAUGAAAAUGGCGUUUUAUUAUCAACGAGGUAUAGUUCUGGAAUUGAAGCAAAUAAAACUAAAGAUUAUUCAUUGAAUUUCUUUGAAGACAAUACAAUUUACAGAGCUAUUAUAUAUGAUGACAAGUUUUCUUUCAUAAUUUUCACGGAGACAGAUAGUUUCGACGAAAAUCAAAUGUUGGUUAGUGAUUUGUAUCCAUCUUCACCUAACUCAUUGAUUGAGUUAUGUUGCUAUCAUGGAGCUGUUAAUUGUUUUAAGUUGUUAAUUUCAAAAUUUAAUUCAAUGAUAACACCAAAAUGUCUUUAUUAUUCAUUUUUGGGCGGAAAUCCAGACAUUAUUGAUAAAUGUUUGCAAUAUAAGAUUCCAGAUAAAGAAUGCAUGAAAUAUGCAAUUAUUUCACAUAACAUUGAUUUUGUCACCUUCUUAAUGAAUGAAUUCAAGUUAGAAAUUGAUUUAGAUAAUUGUACCACAUACCACAAUUUUCAAGAAUUUUUAGUUAAUUUAGAUCAAUCCAAAUACAUUAACAAAUUCUUUAUUUAUUCAGUAUGCUUUUGCAUUCCUUCUCUAUGUGAAUAUUUCAUUUCAUGUGGUGCUUUCAUUAACGCAAAAAUUCAAUCCGGGGCAACUGCGCUUCAUUUUGCAGCAUGGGCUAAUUGCAUAGAAAUUGAAGAAAUUUUGAUUUCACAUGGUGCUGAUGUUAAUGCCAAAAAUAAUGAUGGAGUGUCAGUUUUUCAUGCAGCUGCACAAAAUAACAGUAAAGAAAUAGCCGAACUCCUUAUUUUGCAUGAUGCUGAUGUUAAUUCUAAAGACAAUGACGGAUGGUCAGUUCUUCAUGCAGCUGCACAAAAUAACAGUAAAGAAAUAGCCGAACUCCUUAUUUUGCAUGAUGCUGAUGUUAAUUCUAAAGACAAUGACGGAUGGUCAGUCUUUUGUGUUGCAUCAAUAGCUAAUAACAAAGAAAUAGCCGAAUUACUUAUUUCGAAUGAGGUAGAUAUUAAUGCAAGAUAA